AUAAUUCGAGAGAAGAAGAAUUAAAAAAAAGAAGAAGAAGACGACGUCUCUUUGUGUGCUAACCACGUAUUGGGUGCUCUUCAUACAUUAAAUCUGUUUAAAGCAGUUCUCUGUUUUUUUUUAAUUUAAUAUUCAAGACGUCGUACGCAAUGAGAGGAGACCGCGGCAGGGGCCGAGGGGGCCGCUUUGGGGGCCGUGGAGGACUGGUUCAGGGGUACCGACCAUUUGUCCCACACAUCCCGUUUGAUUUUUAUGUGUGUGAGAUGGCGUUCCCCAGAGUAAAGCCUAUGCCUGAUGAGACUGCUUUCAGUGAAUGUCUGCUGAAAAGAAACCAGGACCUGAGCCCCACACCCGCAGAGCAGUCCUCUAUCUUGUCUUUAGUUACAAAGAUCAAUAAUGUCAUCGACAACCUGAUUGUAGCACCUGGGAACUUUGAAGUGCAAAUUGAAGAGGUCCGUCAGGUCGGCUCAUACAAGAAAGGCACCAUGACAACAGGACAUAAUGUUGCUGACUUGGUUGUCAUCCUCAAGAUCCUCCCAACAUUGGAGGCAGUAGCUUCUCUUGGGAACAAAGUUGUGGAGACCCUUCGCACCCAGGACCCUACAGAAGUGCUGUCCAUGCUGACCAAUGAGACGGGCUUUGAGAUUAGUUCAUCUGAUGCUACCGUUAAGAUUCUCAUCACCACCGUGCCACCCAAUCUGCGCAAGCUUGACCCAGAACUGCACUUGGACAUCAAGGUGCUACAGAGCGCCCUCGCUGCCAUCCGUCAUGCUCGCUGGUUUGAGGAGAAUGCCUCUCAGUCAACAGUCAAAGUAUUGAUCCGCCUCCUAAAAGACCUCAGGGCCCGUUUCCCUGGCUUUGAACCUCUAACUCCAUGGAUCCUGGACCUGCUCGGUCAUUCUGCUGUGAUGAACAACCCAUCCAGGCAGCCCCUGUCCCUAAAUGUGGCCUACAGGCGUUGCCUUCAGAUGCUGGCUGCUGGUCUCUUUCUUCCUGGCUCUGUGGGUAUUACUGAUCCCUGUGAGAGUGGAAACUUUAGAGUGCACACAGUCAUGACUCUGGAACAGCAGGACAUGGUGUGUUUCACAGCCCAGACAUUAGUGAGGGUGCUUUCUCAUGGAGGUUAUAGAAAGAUCCUCGGCCUGGAGGGAGAUGCCAGCUACUUGGCCAUAGAGAUGUCUACAUGGGAUGGUGUGAUUAUCACUCCAUCAGAGAAGGCGUAUGAGAAACCCCCAGAGAGGAAAGAAGAGGACGACGAAGCUCUGGAAGAAGGAGGAGAUGGAGAGGAUGAAAGCAUGGAGACCCAGGAAUAAGGAGUGAACUUAGCUGAGCUUAAGAUGACAUGUAUCCUGAGGAACCCAUCAGAGGAGCUCCCUUGGAAGUCAUUUUCUUAAAAAUGUUACUUUUGUUGUGUUUUUCUCUCCCUUCGUUUGGUUUUCUAUUUCUUUGUAAAAGUGAAAUAAACAUGUUUUCAGUUUG